CAACUGGUAGUAGUACAUUUCGUCUCCUCCAAAACCCACACACCUCUCGAAGUGGCGGAGGCGAAGCCGAGGCGGCGCGACGCGGCGGCGACGAGGGGGAGGGCUGCGGCGAGCUCGGUGGAGGCGGAGAUCUCCUCUUCGCGGCGGGGAGAUGCUGAGGACGAAGACCCCGCGGCCGCGCGGCGGCAAGUCCCGCCGCGCCACGGCUGCGGCGGGGAAGGAGAGGGAGAGGGAGAGGGAGAGGGAGAGGGAGGGGAGGUCGCCGUCGGGGGAGCUGUCGCUGCAGCUCGAGCACGUCUCCCUCUUCUCCUUCCUCGCCGACGCCCCCCGCGAGGGCGCCGCCGCGGCGCGCACCCCCUUCACGCCCUUCGAGGAGCUGCUCGAGGGGUCCUGCGACCCGGACCCGACCCCGCCUCCGCCCCUACCUCCGCUGCAGCCGCAGGCCACGCCAAUGGACGCCGACGAGGUCGUGGAGGAGAAGGAUAGUGGCAUCCUCAGCCAGGAUUUCUUCUGUACCCCGGAUUACAUCACGCCAGAUGCGCCGCAGCUCGGGAGCGGCUUCGACGCCAAUAAGGAGAAUAUCCCUUGCCCCAAUUCUCCAGAGAAAUCAGUCUGUAGGAGCAAGAGAUACAAGAGAGAUUGUUCCCCCAAAGGCCUUGGCUCCAAUGACAUUUUUGAUAGCCAGUGGAUUGCUCCAGUUCAGUUUGAAGGUCUAGAUGAUUCAGAGGAGGAACAGCUGAAGGAAUCUAGUUCGCACAAGAGAGGUAGUUAUGUCUCCCAAUCGGCAGUGGCUCUUCGCUGCCGGGUGAUGCCUCCACCAUGCAUCAGGAAUCCAUACCUCAAUACAGAUCAUCAAAUAGAUGAUAAUGUUUUUGGUGGGAGACAAUGCAAAUCAUCAGGGUUUUCUCCUUCUGUUGAUGGUGAUGGCCUUUCACGCUAUCGAACUGAUUUCCAUGAGAUUGAGCAAAUUGGACGUGGAAACUUCAGUGUUGUGUUCAAAGUUCUGAAGAGGAUAGAUGGCUGCUUAUAUGCAGUAAAACGGAGUAUCAGGCAACUGCAUAAUGACAGGGAAAGGAGGCAAGCAGUGAAGGAAGUUCAAGCUUUGGCAGCCUUAGGGUGCCAUGAGAACAUUGUUGGAUAUUUCACUUCUUGGUUUGAGAACAAACAGCUUUUUAUUCAAAUGGAACUGUGUGACCGCUGCCUGUCCAUGGAUAGAAAUCAGCCGCUGAAAUGUGGGGAAGCCCUGGAACUGCUGUACCAGAUCUGCAAAGGCUUGGACUUCAUUCAUGAACGUGGUAUUGCACACCUUGAUGUGAAGCCAGAUAACAUAUAUGUCAGAAAUGGUGUUUAUAAGCUUGGUGAUUUUGGUUGUGCUACACUUAUUGAUCGGAGUUUGGCAAUUGAAGAUGGAGAUUCACGUUAUAUGCCUCCAGAGAUGCUGAACGACAAGUAUGAGCAUCUUGACAAGGUGGAUAUCUUUUCUCUUGGGGCAGCUAUCUAUGAACUUAUAAGAGGUACCCAGCUUCCUGAUUCUGGACCUCAGUUCACAAGUCUCCGGGAGGGAAAAAUUGCGUUGCUUCCAGGAUGCCCAAUGCAAUUUCAGAGUUUAAUAAAGUCCAUGAUGGAUCCUGAUCCAGUGAGGCGGCCAUCUGCGAAAGAAGUCCUGAGACAUCCCAUCUUUGAUAAGCUUCACAAGGCCCCAGCGAAGAAAUAGACCGCUGCACCCAUCAGAUCCCGGCAGCGUGAAGCUGUGUCAACCCAAUCAGCUGCUGCCAAUUUUGUACAUCCACCAAGAGAAACUCCCCAAGGGUGAACUACUUGUCUCCAGAUAGGCAGAUUCCGUGCACUAGUGCUUUUGCCCUGAUCUGAUUUUGUAUAGGCAAUAUGAACACCAAGCAUUGAUUCGAUUUCUUUGCCAGGAAUUCGAGCAAUGUUUGUAAGUUAUGGAUAUUGUCAAGCCAAGUGCCCAAGUGGCUUUGGCUCCCCUGACGUUUUUGGCGUGUUCUGAGUUUGUGAUUGAAGGAUGGGGGCAUCUGCCGUUCUAUGCACGCCCGACUCCUAGUCGUGGCUUAUUUUCCUUUGGAUUUGUGCGUGCUAGUCUGCUUGAAUGCGAUUUGUUAUGGAGAA